AUGCCUCGCGUCGCCCAGGUGUCGCGCAGGAGCGGAAGCAGGGCCGCUUCCGGCUCUCUCCUCGGCUCGCCGUACAAAUCGCCCAUAAAGAUCCCGCUCAACGACGACGCCCAAGAAAAAGCCCAGCGUUCCCACGGGCGUAAGGCCGCCCACGAGGCUCAGAUCAACCAGCUCAGGGCCGCAGCGACGAGCACGCCGCGCAAGUCGGGCGCCACCCUCAACGACCUGCAGAAUGCCGACUCGCCCGGGUCCAACCCGCGCACGCCGCGGCGGCGCAAGAGCGGCAACAACCCCAUCAUCGUCGACGAUGACGAGCAGCUCGUCGUUAACGGCAGGGCCGUCACCCCGAUGAAGCGCGUCCCUAUCCUGGCCAACUUCGAGGAGUGGAUGAAGAUGGCGACCGACAACAAGAUCAACGCGGCCAACUCGUGGAACUUCGCCCUGAUCGACUACUUCCACGACAUGUCCCUGCUCAAGGAGGGCGACGGCGUCAACUUCCAAAAGGCCAGCUGCACCCUGGACGGCUGCGUCAAGAUCUACACGAGCAGAGUUGACAGCGUCGCCACCGAGACGGGAAAACUGUUGAGCGGUCUGGCCGACAGCCGCGACAGCAAGAAAAAGGACCGCGACGGCGAGGACGAGGACGAAGAAGAGGACGAGGUCGACGAGGACGGCAACGUGCGCCAGAAGUCGAAGAAGAAGACUCAGAGAUCGUCCGAAGCAACCCUUGCGCCGUCAUUUGCUUCGCUGCAGCUCAAGAAAUUGGAACUGGAAUUUGCCGUCGACCCGCUGUUCAAGAAGGCAUCCGCCGACUUCGACGAGGGCGGCGCCAAAGGUCUCCUGCUAAAUCACCUGAUGAUCGAUUCCCGAGGGCGCAUCGUAUUUGACAGCAGCGAUGACGCCGAGGACGCCGCCGAGGCUGCCUCCAAGUCCCGCAAACGGGGCGGUGGGGAGGCGCUUGACGGAGAGGAAGGCGACGGAGAGGCCGACCUAUCAACUGAUGAUCGGGACAAAACGCCGGCGCCCGAGGAACCAGAGGAAGAAGAGGACGUAGAAAUCGAUGUUGCCGGUCUUGGCGCGAGGUUCUUCCCUGAUCUGAGCCUCCUCGACAGCAUGGACGUCUGCCCGUCGCUGAAGACGUUCGAUCUUGGCGACCCAUCCGGGUCCUUGGACAUCCCGUUCCUGCGGGCGCCCGACGAUUGGCGCCAAGAUCAGGACAAGGAAAAGACUCCGGGUCCUGACGGAAUCGGCGACAAGUCCGGCAUGUUUAUCGACGAGGAGAACCCGCUUGGUUUCGACGACGAAGACGGUCUCGGAUCCUUCGACUUGGGUGCCGACGUCGCGUUCGGCGAAGGAGGAGAGGCCUGGGCGCGCGAAGCCGCCCUCGAGCCGCAGAUGAUGCGCCGCUUCGGUGACGGUUUGGGGAUGGGAGACGGCGUCGGAGCUGAUGGGGAGGGCGACGGUGCUGAUCUGCUGGAUACCGGGGCCGGCGACUUUGCCAUCUCCAUGACGCAUUCGCAGAAGGACGACAGGGUGCAUGAAGACAUCCUCAGCUACUUUGACCAGGCCCUCCAAAAGAACUGGACGAGCGCCGAACACUGGAGGAUACGAAAGAUCAAGGACGUCAACAAGCCAAUCGAGUCCACAAGGCAGCGCAAGGAGAAGCAGCCGUUCGAGAUCGACUUCGCUGCGCCACUGGAUCAGGCAGUCGCAGAGUUGAUCUACACACAGGCUUCCUCCAAUUCGGUCAUCUCCUUGCCCAAGAAGGACUGGAAGUCGAAAUCUCGCAACCUCCUGCCCGACGACAAGCACUUCAGCUCCAAGCAGCUCCUCAGCCUGUUCCUCAAGCCGAAGGCGCGCAUGGGCCGACGACGCGUCCUGGGCGGCGGCCGCAUGGGCAACAUGGACGCCCACCGCCAGAACGACAUCCCCGAGGGCGAGAUGGACGAGGCUUUCUGGGCCUCGCAGAAGGCUCCGCUGCAAUCCGCCGAGGGCGGCGCCGGCCAUUCGGACGACUCGCCCCUGCCGCAAGGCGACUACGACGCCAACUUCUUCCAAGACGACGACGGACUCCCCUUCGCGGGUGCCGGUGGCCUCGACGACGACGACGAUGACGACAUGGACGAGUUCGCCGACGCGCGCGAGCACUUCUCGCCGGAGGCCGGCGCCGCGGGCAUGAUGACCGACGUGGGCAUGACGGGCGCCUUUGGCGGGAUGACGGUGACGAACGCGGCCGAUCUGGCGUUCGGCACCAUGCUGGUGACGCAGAACAGGCGGCUCCGGCCCGAGUACGUGCAGUACGCGCGCGUGGCCAAGAAGGUGGAUGUGCGCCGGCUCAAGGAGGAAAUCUGGAAGGGCAUGAACUUUGACAGCCUGACCGACAACACCACCACCACCAACAACAACAACAACAACAACAGCCGCCUCCUCACCCCGGUCUCACCCGAGAAACCAACGACAACGGGAGAAGACACAACAGCCAAGGAAGCCGGACCAGCCGGAGGACCCGGACCCGGCGCCGCCGACCCCGGCCCGACCCUCAAGUUCACCGAGGUCAUGAACGGCCUGCAGCGCGUCUACCCGCGCCAGGUCAUGGCCGACAUCUCGACCAGCUUCUGCUUCAUCUGCCUGCUGCACCUGGCCAACGAGAAGGGCCUGGUGAUCGACAAGACGGACGCGCUGGACGAGCUGCUCAUCCGCAAGGACUGGAGUGCGGAGAUUGCCGAGGGCGGGGAGUGAGUUGUGUUCAGUUGAGUUGAGCUGAGUUGAGUUGAGUGUAGCUGAGAUAAAUUGUGGCUGGUGGUGCUGGUGGUGGUGCUGGUUACACGGGGGUUGGCAGCCAUCUAUUUUGUUCUCGGAUGCGGGUUGGGUUGGGGUGGCUGUGUGGUUGUGAUGGGUUGGGUAGAUUGGGACUUAUUUUUGGUCGUGGGCUGGCUGGCUGGCUGGCUGGGCGGGGUUUCAUGUUUUCUUUGGCUGGGGCUGGUGUGAUGAGUGAUGCUUGGUGGUGUACGCAUGCAACCGGGUUUAGUGUUUAUGUUCUAUUGUUGUAUGUGGGUGGUGUUACGAUGAUGAAUAUUCCUUUCCCUGCC